UUCAUUCAUUCAUUCAUCGCUGUUAUCAGGUGUGCUUUUGCUCCAAGCAUUUUCCUGGACGAAAUCGAUUCCAACAAAAAUCCCUAAAACUGAAACACAACAAGGAAAGGAAUCUUCUAGAUUUGCGGAUGGUUUCUUCGCUUUCUCAGCCAUGGAGUUCUUCUUCUUCUUAUUCUUCCUCUUCCUGAAAAUGAUCAAACCUCAGCCGCAGCGUUCUUCUUGGGCUGUGUUUCACCUUGUCAUUCUGUUAUCUGCCCUUCUUACUGUGGCUAAAUGUGAACCUUGUCAAGAAACUGGAAAUGAGGUUAACUGUGAUGCUUAUAGAUCCUACAGAGGGGUGGAUACAAAUUUUCCUGGUGUUUUGGGUGGAGAUAUAGGCUCAGAAUUGACACAAGUUUCUGCACCUCAGUUAAGUCUUGACAUUGCAUGCCCAAAUGCAAACUUGUUUUGCUUCCCUUCAACAUUGCCUGAGUUUUUACCUAAAAAAGAAGGUUCUGAAUUGACUGUGGAUGGAUUGUCGUUGGUUAAAUCAGACAAAGCACCUAUGCAGUCGGAUGGAGAUAGUAGUGCUAAUAUUACCAGAAUGUCGGAUUUUGGUAUUUUUAGGUUACUAGGUGGGAGAAGUAUUUCGUGCUCAUUGAACUACCAUGAAGGCCGUAAUCCAUUGCUAUGUUACCGACCUGGAACUAGUGGAAAAGCGAGUCUUUCUUCUUGUUUACAUGAUAGUUCCAAGAAUUUGAAAACAAAACAAGUGGAUGACAGUAUCAGAUUGAAGUUCUCGGGUGGUUCUUUACCUAACGUAGAAGUUAGCCCUCCUAUGCUCGAGUGGGGAGAGAGUUUUUUGUAUUUUCCUUCGUUAGCCUUUGUGACGGUGAUGAAUACACACAAACACAGCAGUUUGCAUGUGUAUGAGCCUUAUAGUACGAACUCUCAGUUCUACCCUUGCAAUUCUAGUGAGAUAUUGUUAGCUCCCGGUGAGGCUGCUUCGGUUUGUUUUGUGUUUUUGCCUACAUCCUUAGGCCUCUCCUCAGCUCAGCUAGUUUUGCAGACAAAUUUCGGGGGUUUCUUGGUUCGUGCUAAAGGGUUUGCUGUUGAAUCGCCAUAUGGAAUUCAAUCCGUUACUCUUGAUGUUUCGUCUAGUGGUAGGUGGAGUAAGAAUAUAUCGCUGUUUAACCCCUUCGAUGAAGCCCUCCAUGUGGAGGAGGUAAUUUCUUGGACGUCUGUUUCGAUGGGAAACGCUUCCAACUUGACGAAAACAGUUUGUAGUAUUAACAACGCAGAAGAUUCUAGUGACGUUAGUUUGCUCAAUGCUAAGCGGUGGCUGGAAAUUACAAAUGGCGGAGUUGGUUCUCCGCUAGUUGCUAUGAGGCCUCACGGGAAUUGGGUUGUUGGUCCGCAGAAAAGCGAGACGAUCAUGGAGCUCGAUUUUUCGUGGGACUCGGAAGCGAAGAUUUUUGGUGGUUUGUGUGUGCAGUUGCUGAGGUCUUCACAGAACAAUAUUGAUACGGUUAUUAUACCUCUAGAAGCAGAGCUGACCAAGAAACCGGGCCAUGAUGACCACCAAAACGUUAUUUCAUUGUCUCUCGAUACUGUCAUGCCUUGUAGUUAUAGUGGAACCGUCUUCCUUGCCCCCCUCAUUGUGCACAACGAUUCUCCUCAUGUGUUGAGUAUCGUCAAAAUCGGUAGAGAAGGAGAUAACUCGAAACAGUUUCAGAUUAAAUACAUGAAGGGGUUAAUAAUUUUUCCCCAUACUGCUACACAAGUAGCCUUGGUUAGCUACCGCCUUCCAGAUGCUUUAGCGUUCGAUUCUCCCGAGAUAGACAUGAGUUGCAAGAUCGUUGUAUCCACAAAUGGCUCUAGAAAUUCUCGGGUUGAGAUUCCUUGCAAGAAUAUAGUCAGUGUUUGUACAAGAGAGAAAUUGGUAUAUUCUUCUCGACGUGGAGAAUCUGUGAAUAUUAGAGCAAGUUCUUUGGACAACAACGAUUCACAGGCAUCGGUUGCAGCAGAAGCUGAUGAAGCAAUACUGAUGAACUGGAAAUCUCAAGCGACUGUGAGUGACAUGUCUGUGCUUGAUGAACAUGAGGUUGUCUUCCCGGUGAUUGAAGUUGGGCAUUUCUGUUCGGAGUGGAUCAGUGUUAAAAACCCGAGCCCGGAACCAGUUCUGAUGCAGCUAAUCUUGAAUUCUGCAGAAAUUGUUGACGAAUGCAGGACACCAGAAAGGCACAUGCGGGCUUCUUCGUCCAAUACUUUUUUGCAUAAUAUUUCUCUGGCUCCAACAAGAUAUGGUUUCUCGAUAGCAGAAAAUGCUGUGACUGAGGUUCUGGUCCACCCGUUUGACAGAGCAUCUUUAGGUCCGGUUUGGUUUCAUCCCGGAUCUCAAUGUAGAUGGCAAAGUUCAGCCCUAAUACGAAACAACCUUUCUGGUGUGGAGUGGGUUUCUCUCGGUGGAUUUGGGGGGUCUUUGCUUAUGGUUUUGGUCGAAAAGUCUGAGCCCAUUCGUAGUCUAGAUUUCAAGAUGAACUUGCCACCUGCCCUUAAUUCAUCUUUUCUCGGUACAAACGAGAUGGAUGGCAAACAUCUUGGCUGCUCUCAACUGUUGUCGAAAGAGGUUUAUGCAAAGAACAUCGGUGAUCUGCCCCUGAAGGUCAAAAGAAUUGAAAUUUCGGGCACCCAUUGCCGGUUGGAUGGAUUUGUUGUAAAUUCUUGCGAAGGCUUUUCUCUUGCACCCGGGGAGUCCAGAAAGAUCGUGGUAUCUUAUCAGACCGAUUUUUCUGUAGCUACAAUACACCGAGAUCUCGAACUGGCUUUGACUACUGGCAUUCUCGUGAUACCCAUGAAAGCUACUCUUCCCAUGUACAUGCUUAGCAUCUGCAAGAAAUCAUUUCUGGCGCGAUUAAGAAAGUCUUUCCUCACAAUGGUUCUAGUUGCUUUUGUGUUGUUCAUCGUCUCGACCCAACUGAGGAAGUCUCUCGUUAGCUUUACUGUCGAUGAAUCCCGAGAUUAUAUUCCCAAGAGCGGGAAAAGCUGCACUGGCAAUGUUUAUUACCAUACGAGAAAACCGUUAGUGCUUCAUAAUCAGAUUCAAAGUGGAAAGCUCUCUAGAAUCAUUGGUUUAGUCAGACCAUACAAGGAAGAAGGGGCAUUGGUUUUUGAACAUUCAUAUGCUGACAGUAAAGCUGCAACGACUCCUGUAGUACACGAGAACGACACUACUUUGCCCGAUACCCAAAAGAAGCGAUCAAAUUCUCUUGCAAUUGGGAGCUCUGAUACACAAGAAACAUCGCGAAUUGGGGGGGAUCUCAGGGUCAAGGUUGGAAACGAGAAAGGGAGGAGAAGGAGAAAGCACAAGAAGUCGACUGGAGUGAGUGGACUUUUCGAUGUUUCGAGUAGUCACAGUGGCAAUUCUACACCAUCAUCACCCCUUUCACCCGUCUCUACCUCUACACACAAACGACUGUGGCCUCAGUCUCCAGAUUCGGAUCAGUCUGUUCGGGUUACUAGUCCAUUCGCUCACGUUUCCAAAUGUGAAAACAGUGUACAAUCCGAACCAAUAUGCAAUCAAAAACUCCUCGAGGCAACCGAGAAGCCCUCCCUUGCUACUACUCUAGAGAAGCCCGCUGCAACUAAGAAAUUGGCUAAUGCGCCUGUUAUGCUGCCUUCUGCAACCCAUUCUGCACCGGUCUCAUAUGUUACAUGUCCAUCUGUCAUCUCUGCUUCAUCUUCUCCACCUUGUGCAAAUGCACGUGCUCCAGGGUCAAAACUUCACGCCAGAAAAGCCAUGAAAAGCGAGGAAACAAGGUCGGAUGAAAGGUUUACGUACGAUAUAUGGGGAGACCACCUGUUUGGGCUUCCUCUGACUGGUAGCUCAAAGAAUGUGUUGCCAAUGGCAACCCCAGGUAUACAAAACAACUCUGAUAGCUUUUUUGUAAGGGGGCCUCAGAUCCUCAUGAACAACUCCCCACAGAAAGUUGUAAGUUGUCCUGAUCAUGAAGGUUAAUGAUAAAAAAGGAAAUUAAGAAUAACCUAGUAUUUUGACUU